AUGAUAGAAAGUGACAUCUCAUCCAUGAUGUCAGGAAUUAUUCGAAACUCAGGGCAAAACCACCACCCCUCUCCACAGGAGUACAGGCUCCUGGCUACCUGCAGUGAUGAUGACCUUCCCGGGGACCUGCAGUCCCUGUCAUGGCUCACAGCGGUGGAUGUGCCACGGCUGCAGCAGAUGGCGAGUGGCCGCAUGGACCUGGGUGGCCCCGGUGCGCCGCCCCCACACCCAGGUGCCUUGGCCAGGGCGGCUGACCUGCACGUGGGAGCUACCGCAGGUGCCCUGCUCCAUGGCCCGGCUGGCGUGGCCCCCCCAGGCAUGCUUGGCCUGGGCCCCAUAGCUAGUCACGGAGCCACUGUGAGCCAGAUCCCUGUGGGGGGCCAGCCCUCAUCUGGCCUGCAGGACUCGCCACAGCUAUACUCGUCCACCCCCCAGACACAGUUACCGCUCCCCGCAGGCCCGCAGCAGUGCCCUCCCGUGAGCCUGUAUGGCUCCCCAUUUGGAGCACGGUCUCCGUACUCCCAGCCCCGCAUGGCUGUCCAUUCAUCUCAGGAACUGCACCCCAAACACUACCCCAAGCCCAUCUACUCAUACAGCUGUCUGAUCGCCAUGGCCUUGAAGAACAGCAAGACAGGCAGCCUGCCCGUGAGUGAGAUCUACAGCUUCAUGAAGGAGCACUUCCCCUACUUCAAGACAGCUCCCGACGGCUGGAAAAACUCGGUGAGACACAACCUGUCCCUGAACAAGUGCUUCGAGAAGGUAGAGAACAAGAUGAGUGGCUCCUCACGCAAGGGCUGCCUGUGGGCCCUGAACCUGGCCCGCAUCGACAAGAUGGAGGAGGAGAUGUACAAGUGGAAGAGGAAGGACCUUGCUGCCAUUCACCGGAGCAUGGCCAACCCCGAGGAGCUGGACAAACUGAUUUCGGACCGACCAGAAAGCUGCAGACGGCCUGGCAACCCCGAGACCACUGUGCUGACUCACGCCGCCACGGUGGCCAUGGCCCACGGCUGCCUGGCUGUCUCCCAGCUCCCACCCCAGCCCCUGGUGACCCUGUCCUUGCAGUCAGUCCCCCUGCACCACCAGGUCCAGCCCCAGGCACAUCUGGCCCCAGAUUCUCCAGCCCCAGCACAGACCCCGCCCCUGCAUGCCCUGCCAGACCUGAGCCCCAGUCCCCUGCCCCAUCCUGCCCUGGGAAGGGCCCCUGUGGACUUCAUCAACAUCAGCACCGACAUGAGCACCGAGGUGGACGCCCUGGACCCCAGCAUCAUGGACUUCGCUCUGCAGGGGAACCUCUGGGAGGAGAUGAAGGAUGGGGGCUUCAGCCUGGACACCCUGGGAGCCUUCGGAGACUCUCCCCUUGGCUGUGAGCUGGGGGCUUCGGGCCUGACCCCCGUCUCCGGCGGGAGCGACCAGUCCUUCCCAGACUUGCAGGUGACGGGUCUCUAUGCCUCGUACUCGACCCCAGACAGCGUGACCGCGUCAGCCACCACCUCCUCCUCCCAGUACCUGGGCGCCCCAGGGAACAAGCCCAUAGCCCUGCUUUGA